GCAUUGGGGCCAUAUUGGCGCUUGCGACUAAGUGUCCAAGCACAGCAUGGCCACUGUAAAGGUGAGCUUAGAGCCUCAGUUUGUUUCGGGCUCUCGUGCUAAGCGGUACAACAUGCUAUCGAUGCGAUAACAUCGAAAACCUGUGUUCGCUACAAAAGCAAAGUUAACAACGAAUCGCAAACGAAUCACAACGGAUUGUGUUUCAAGUAUUUUCAAGUGGAUACGAUACAAAGUACGUGAUGAAAUUUUCUAUCUAGUGCUAUUGAACGAAUACUCCAAAAAAAGUGCGACGGAAGUAGAAUCCCACCAAAAAAGAUUGUAUCAAAAACGACAGCAGCAAUAUUCACAAUGAUGUGGUGAAAAGGAAAGGUGAAAACUUACAUAAAAAAAAAAAAAUAAAAAUAACGCUCCCUGCUGUCGUGCAAGCAAAUCAUAAAAAUACAUAUAUAACACAAAGAAAUAAAAUCGAAAACCUUUCACUGACACCCAAACGGCAUUAAAUAAAUAUACAAAUGUGAACGUUUUUUUCCCCCAAAAAUAGACAAAAUGAAAUGCAUUAAACCAAAUAAUAACAACAAAACCCAUUAAACGCAAUAAAACAACAACAAAAAAACAGCAAUACCAUUAACACUAGCCAACCAGAUGCAGUGCCGACAACAUAAAACUGAAGUGCUUUUUCAUUGCCUGCAUCAACAGCAACGCAACAUUCGUGCUCUGUUUCUAUUUUUCGGUAUAUGCCACAUUUUCGAGUGAAUACCACACGGGAAGUGUGCUGCUUAUUGCUACGCCUGCGCGUGCGCUAAUUCAUAUGCCUACCUCACUAAGCAAGCAUGGUCGAGUCUGUGUGCCGCGAGUGUGAAGCGUGAUUUAACGAGUGCAGCGCGCAACGUGUGAAGCGGCGAAAUACGCGAGCGUGAAAAGUAAAACGUAAACCUCCCAAAACACUCUUACCUCCUACACCUCCUCCUACGGUUGUUUGUGAACGCGGUCGUAGUAAAUCGGUAGCCGCUGCAUUCGCCUAUGAGUGGCAUCCUAAAUAACUACAUACAUACAUACGUUCAUAUUUGAAUCGCUAAGCGAGUGUGUAAAAUGUAGCAAACUUUUCUUUUUUAACGCUGCAGUACAUUGUGUAGAUGAAAACGAGUACAGCAAAGCAGCGCAAAUCGACUGGACCACGGCCAGUUAGUUGUCACUCUCUAUGCGCACAGAUAGCGUAUGUAGAGCUAAUGAAACGCGCAAAGUGCCCGGCAAAGUACCCAACUAACCUACAUUCAAAUUUAGACACAGACUCAGCCUCCGAUAUUUUCAUACGAAUAUUCGCGAGUGCGCGCGCGCGCGCUGUGUGUGUGGAAAAGUUAAACUAAAAAGUAUCUAAAGCAAAAGUCAGGAACGCCUGCGGAGUAGACAAUAAUCUAUAAACUAGCUUGACAGCGGCAAAGGUGCUAAUGCUGACGUUCGCUAAUAUUGCGAAUAGUCGAAUAGUAUAAAGGUGCGACGCAAAUGCAGCCAUAGUAAGUUUUUAAAUCAACUGGUCAAAAGACGACGACGCUGAGAGGUGGUGAGCUGACAGUGCGGUGGAAAACGAGUUUAGUACCACUAAAAGUGCAGCUACGACAACGUACCGCAAGCAAAAAGUGACCUACAAAUACGGGUUUUCGGUUGGCUAUUGUAUCGACUGACGACGACCAGAGUCAGAACCACAGAACAACUGCAGUUAACAUAAACAUCAAUUCACACACACACACACACACACACAAAUAGUGACAUAUAAAUUAACGAGCAAUAAACCAUUGCUACUAGCGGUUAGUCGGACUAGACUAAGGCGCAGCAGAGCAGGCGACGACGACGAGUCGCGCGGACAACUAAGCAAAACCAGCUAUGGCAACGCCAACAGCAACUACAGCUACAAUACCAACUACACCAACAAAAACAAUAAUAUCUGCAACGGUGCCGGCUAUAAUGCCGUUGAAAAAAGCUGGACCGCCCGUUCCGCCGAGGCCAUCGCAUGCAAGCGCACACGCAGCGGGUUUAUUGAAAACACAACGCAAUGGAGAUUCAGUUAUGAAUGCUGUGGCACAACAGAAUCGUGUUGCAGCCACAACAGGAACAGCAGCAACCAGUUUUGCUUCGAGUUCGUCGGUUUUGAGUAGUCGCGUGAGUAUUGGCAAUGUGACCGCCACAGCUGAAAUGCAGCACAAUUCACAACAUCCGAUCAUACAGAAGAAGCCAUCGCUGAGCUCAGUUAGUGGCGGUGCUGGCGGUCGUACAAUUAUUUACAAGUCGCCCUCAAUGAGUGCACCAAAACGUCCGGAAGCACCACCACCCACAGCUGGUGCCCCUCUAGGCGCUAGUACUGGUAUCACUACCACCAGAUCAGGCACCAAUAUCGGUCCAAAGCCGCCGUUAAAGCUACGCAAGGCACCAGAUAUACCGACAAUGAAACCAAAAGCUACAGCUGUCCAAAAUGAUGCCAUCACUGGAGCGCUGGAUAAAGAAGGUAGCGUCACCAAAGUGCCUGUUAACAGCGUCGCGCUCGGUAAAAGUCCACCAUCAGCGCCAGCAAGCUCUGUAAGUCCAACUGAAGUGUCUAAUGCCAACAGUAAUAUCGUUAUCGUCCAAACGGCGGCUAGCGCAGUCAACCUCAGCCGUCACCACUCGAUGGGUAGCGGCUCACCGAAAUCGCAAUCGCAGGCGAACACCAUUAAGGAUACACGUCUUAGUUUGGGUCGCGUCGAUUUUGAGCGUGUUGGCAAGAUACAGCUGGAUCAGUUACCGACAUCGGUGCAGCCAUUGCCGCGGCCGCGCAAAAUUGUGAAAGUCCCCGUUGCCACAAUGGAUCUGGAUGACACUGCCUCGACCAAUGGUGCCCAAUCGCAUUCAUCCAGUGUUAGUAUAUUCCGCCGUUCAAAAACUACACUCGACAAUUUUACAUCACGUGCCAAUAUCACUACGAUCAAUACGGGAGGUGUGGCCAACACCUUUCUUGGCGGCAAAACAGCUGAGCUGAAAAAUAAUCUGAAGAAUGCGGCCGAGCGUUUGUUUUCGGAAAUUAUAGUAAAUCAGCAACGCCACGGCAACGAGUCUCCAAUAAUAACGAAACAUGAGCCAGCUAUGCAACAUCCGAUGCUCUUAACACAGGAAUUGGCUGCACAACGCAAUGUCGCGGGGGUUGGUGCUUCGGUAACUGUCGUCACAACCGGGGAGACAACUAACAAUUGUACGCGUAUAAAUAUCAAUACCAGUGAUAGCGCCCACAGCAGCGGCGGAAAAAUCGAAAAUAUACUAAAAUCACCCGAGAAAAAGGCAGCUUUCCAUGAGAUCCUCAUUUCUGAAUUGGCAGCAAUGCGCGGCAGAAGUUGCUCCAUGGAAAAUCUGACCCGUGCAGAAACACCUAAAGUUAAUAAGAAAGAGCGUACGCCUUUGACUAGCCCAGUAUCGGAGCCGAUCACUAAGAUAACCACAACAAGCAUCAUUGCUACAACAGCAGCGGAAGCAGCAAAAAACCCGUUGCCAUCAAACAGUAGCACCGCCAAAACCUAUAAAACCCAUUCGCGUAAACGUUGCAAUUCAAUUGAGGAUCAGGAUCCCGAUACUGAAGAUGUCGAUGCAGAUAAUGUAGAAGAUACAGAAGAUGGCGAUGAAGAUGAUUUGCAGAAGAAUAACAGAAACAAUAAGUUUAAUGGUGUCGGUACGCCAAGGAAGCGUUGUCCUUCGGGCUGCUCAUCGGACUCGUCACCGUACGGUACUGAGCGCUCGGCACGCAUACGCACUUCCGAUUGGAUAGAGGUCGGCGAUAAUGGCAAGGAGGUUACCAUGACCAGCUGUCACAUUAGUUUGGAGGAUUCGGGAUUGGAAGAUGAGGAACGUUUAGACGAAAUGUCAUCGCUUGGAGUUGGCGAUUCCUGGGACAGUGUAAAGGAGGCAGAAAAUAUGAAGCGGUGCCGCAGUGUGAAGAGAAUUAUGUCUAUCAGCGAUCUGCCACCUUUGCCAAAGAGUCUAAGCGGUAUUAAUAAAAUGCUUGGUUCCGAUUCUGGUUUGAUUAGCGACGAUACUGACAUGAAUAUCGAACAACAAAACAACAACAAUAACACCAACAUCAACAAUUAUAGUUUGAGUAACAACAAUCUAGACAAUAAGGUAGACUACCAAAAAGAGGAUAAUAAUAAUAAUAGCAACAACAAUAGCAAUAGUACUGCCAUCAGCAAUCAAAGUAUUGGCAAAAAUGGUUUUGAUUUAGCGAAAUCGUUGGAAAGCAAUGAAAUUGAAUUGAACAAUACAAUCGGCAAGUCAAAGACAUCGAGUGCUACAACCACAACAGCAACAACAACAACAACAGUAAUAACACAUGCAACAGAAACAACGGCAACAUCAGCGACAACAACCACAACAAUGUCAGCAACGCCCGCAAAAUCAGCCGUCACAUCGAAUGCCACCGGCGCUGGUGGCGGUGGUACGUUGGCGAGCGUGACAGGAAGCACACUGGAUACGCAAUUAGCCAUUUUAAGAAAAGAAAUGUUCGGCCUUCGUCAGUUGGAUCUCUCACUACUCUCGCAACUGUGGGCGCUCAACGAUUCGAUACAGGAAUUUCGUACGAUGCUAGAGUCACAGGAACUUGAACCUGACUCGUAUUCGCCACACUCACCGACGCCCUCCUCUUACGAUUCCGUCUCAAGUGAUGCCGAAGAUGAAACUACAGCCACAACAAAUAAAACAAAAAAGAGUAAAUCAGCCGACAUUAAUAAACCAAAAAUAAUAACAACACAACCAAAAUUAACUCAACGUUCCAACUCAGCAACGGAACGAACAAGUAAUCUAAGUGCGACCGCGCCACAACGGCCAUCACCGCCGAAAAUUCUCGAUAUGAGACCUGUACCGCGCAUGCGCAGUGCGCCACCACCACCGCCCGUCAAUCGCAAAUCGGCAGCACCGCCACGCCCCACAUGAUGCUACCUAACCGACUUCCUCGCCAGCGUAAAGAUGGUCAUGUGCAAAGCGAUUAUAAGCAACAACGGCAGCAGCUGCAGUGAUGCGCUAACGGGAUUGAAGCACUGAGGGAGAUCGUCGUAAUUGAGGCAUGAAGAAGAAUAAGAAUCGAAGCGUUGAAAGAGGGCUGUGGGCGAGGAAUUUCGACUGGGAUUGAGACAAAUUUAUAAAAUAAAAUAAGAAAGUGGAAGCUAUUGAUCAUCUGCUGUGAAGCAGGAAAACGCUGCAAAGAAGCCUUAAAAUAAUAUUCUUUAAAAAAUUGAAUUUAAGUUCGUAAUUGAAGACAGCGAGCGCUCUUUUUUUGGCAAUAAACAUAAAGCGCAUUAAACAUUGUGAUUUAAGUGAUUGCAAAAUUUAGCAACAAAGAAAGAAAGAAAAAAAAAAUGCAAAUAAUAUUUGGAAAACCGCAUGUGUGGUAUUAAUUUAGUUAGUGAUAUGUACGUGUAGUUGUAAUUUGCUGCAAUGCGUCUCAAUGGGUUACGUAGCAGCACCUAGGCUGUCCUUCACUUAGGCUGACAUACAUAUGUACAUAUGUAUGUAUGUAUGUAUGUAUGUAGGUAAAUACACACAUGUUUAAAAAUGCUGAGCAAAAGUUUAAGCUCUUGAAAUUAGGAUAUACUUACUUAUUAAUGAUUCGGCUGUUUUUUCGCUUUCGAAACUCUAAAAAUCUCAUAUGUAAACUUACGUAACGUGUAAACACGUUUUUUUUUUCUAACAAUUGUAUAAAUAUUUCGAUGACUUGGCACCUCUGCUGCUGCUGAGUACUUCUUUAUCUUAUUUAAUACUUCACAUAUUUACAACUUUAUUGAAGCGGCGAACUUAUAAGCUAAAUUAAAUUGUACUGUAUUUCUAACUGUAUAUACACUCACACAUACAUACGUUAUAUAACUAAGUAGUAUGCAAGUAACGUAAAAUAUGUAAUAGAAUGCGAAAAGAGAAUAUAUUGAGCGAUGCUUGAACUCUGCGUACUAAUGCUGUUUGCUAAUAAUGAUUAUAAUUAAAUGCUACUGUAAAUAUGAAAAAUUUUAAAUUUAUAAAUAAACAAAAACAAAAUUACAAA